UGAUACAUCAGUACGCCUUUAAUCGCUGGAAAAGUGGUCAAAUUCGGCCGUAAGCGACUGAUGUUUACAAAUUUGUCAAUUCGAGCUUUAAAUCGUCAUUGCCUACUUUAAUUUUCUUUUCCAUCGGUGAUUGCACAUGAUCAAGUGUUUGAUGAAAAGUUGAGAGGACCUACUGAGCUUGAAAGACAAGCCGGUAAGUUCAUAGACAGAGGCAAGCAACGAUCUAAAUUUGGAUCCGGUGGACUCGUGCACGGCCAAAAACGUCGGGGCAUUCAAGGAUAUCGGAACGAAUACAAAUUCUGACAUGGAUGCAAUGGGGGACAGUAUUAAUAGACUAUUCACAUGUGAAUUUUGUCAUAAAUCAUUUACCGAAAUUGGUCUCAAGCGCCACAUGGACUCAUUCAUUCAUCAUCCACGACUUAAUCAUUCUCCCCGUGAUUCUGAGAUUUUAGAUUAUGUUUUAAACCUGGAGGAUUACUGGGAACAUAAUCAAUUUUGUGAAUGUGAGAUUUGUCGCCAAUCAUUUGGACUGCAAAGUGAGCUCAAGCAUCACAAGGACACAGAUCAUAUUCAAAGCAGUCACUUGAAUCUCACUGAGCACAUAAUUUCAGUACAAAAUAAGGAAAAACCCAUCGUUUGUAGGCUUUGUGGCCAAUCAAUUGGACAACAGGGUAACCUCCAAAGACACAUCGAUACAGUACAUAAGAAGAUAAAACCCUAUAAGUGUGACAUGUGUCCUUUGUCAUUCAGCCGCAAGGAUAACCUCCAAAAUCACAAGCAAAGAAUACAUAAACAGGACCCCUUCGAAUGUCAUAUUUGUUACAAAUCAUUCGAAUACAAGAAGGACUACUUAACUCACUUGAGGGAAGUACAUAGCAAUUGCCAACGAAAAAGGCCCGUAAAAUCAAAACUUAAUGAGAAAAAAACUUUCAAAUGUGAUAAAUGUGACAGAUCAUUUGUAGGAAAGAAGUACCUCGAUGAUCACAUCAGAAUGCGACAUAAAAUCUUCGAAUGUAAGGCUUGUCACAAAUCAUUUGGAGAAAAUAAUAAGCUCAAGAGACACAUAAUCAUAGAACAUAGGAGUGGUAAAUUUUAUGAAUGUAAACAUUGUUCACAAGUAUUCGAAAGAAAAGCCAACUUUAAUUUGCACACAAAAAAGGUCCAUCUCAAGCCGGUUUAGCUACCACAAUCGCAGAUACCAAAAUAAACUUAGGAGCUACAAUUUGACAUCCCAUAAUUUUGAUUACCCGAGACAACUGCUAUAAAAGAGAAUAUAUCUACUCUUCUAUAAGUAAGCUAUGUCAUUUUAAAGAAUCUUCCGAAUAAAUAUCUUUUAAUGCAUUGAAAAACGAUCAAAUAUUUCAAACUAUUGAUGAUUUUUUCAUGAUUGUAAAGUCAUUUUACUCACCUUUCGUACUUUAUUUCGAA